UCAUAAUCUCACUGACCCAGACAUAACACAAGCACAGUUCAACGACAACAAGAAGACAAUGAAGACCACUGCAGCUUUUGUUCUUCUUGCCUGCCUGAUGGCUGUAGGGGUGAAAGGACAGAACAGGUCUUCAAAGGGCAGGUGCUUCUGUGCAGACAAAGCUGCAAACAUGGUUUUAGUGAAGAACAUUGAGAAGGUUGAAAUCAUCCCUCCAAGUCCAUCUUGUCGCAAACAUGAGAUUAUUGUCACUCUGAAGAACGGAGCAGGAUGGAAAUGCAUGAAUCCAGAGUCAAAAUUCACUCAAAAUGUCAUCAUAAAGGCUCUUGAAAAGAGGAGCCAGAAGACACACAGUACAACUGCUUCUGUGCCACUGAAGAGCACCAUGACGUCAUCAUCAGCGCCAACAUCCUUCAAAUGACUUCAUAGACUUCAGAUGAAUUAAUAUUCUGCCUCAUAAGUUGGAGUUCAAUUUAGAAAAAAAAUUAAAGCUAAAAAUAUUUCCUAUGUCUAAGCUGAUUAAAUUAUUUUUUAUCUUACCACUUGGUUGUUUUCACAAAAAGACCACUGAAGAAUGUGUCAUAUGUACAGUCUUUUUAUAAUUUGCUGAUUGUAUUUUCAUAAUCCAAAAGAUGUCAAAUAAACC